CCAAUCAUCCCAUCUCAUUCUCAACUCUCAACUCUCUCCACUGACCUAAACUCAGACUGAGCUUGGGUCACUGCUCUGGCGUUGAAGGCCGCCGGCGACUCCAUCUUCGCAAACUUCUCCUUAUUCUCUUCUGAUUCAGCUCUAGCAAUCAACUGCUCAAGCUCAAGCUCAAGAGGGAGGAUGACAAUGGGGGCAUCCUUCCGUACAAUAGCUAGGCUCAGGCUCUGCUCCAUUUCCUCUUCUUCCUCUCUUCUCAAUUUCACUAUUAGUAAUUCUAAAUCUCAACAUGCUCUGCUUCUCCCAAUCCCAAUCCCAAUCCCAAUCCAUAUCUCAACAUCCACAAUUCAUGCUAAGCCUAACUCCACACCACUCUUUUCCAACCACAACAAUGCUGCCCUCAGCUCGGUCGCUCUUCGCCGGUUUCAGUCGACGCUGGCAGUGGCCACACAUGCAGACUUGGAGACGGAUGCUUAUUCGGCGAUAGAAGUGGCGUUGGAUUCUGUGGUGAAGAUAUUCACUGUUUCCAGUGGCCCCAACUACUUCCUCCCCUGGCAGAACAAGUCUCAGCGUGAAUCCAUGGGCUCUGGUUUUGUAAUCCAUGGGAAAAGGAUUCUUACCAACGCUCACGUAGUGGCUGAUCACACUUUUGUACUUGUAAGAAAGCAUGGCUCCCCUACCAAGUACAGAGCUCAAGUGCAAGCUAUUGGCCAUGAGUGUGACUUAGCCAUUCUGGUUGUUGAAAAUGAAGAAUUCUGGGAGGGUGUCAACCCCCUCGAGCUAGGAGAGAUUCCUUUCCUUCAAGAAGCUGUUGCUGUUGUUGGAUAUCCUCAGGGUGGGGACAACAUUUCUGUUACUAAAGGAGUUGUUUCCCGAGUUGAACCUACACAAUAUGUGCAUGGUGCGACCCAGCUGAUGGCUAUACAAAUUGAUGCAGCCAUCAAUCCGGGGAAUAGUGGCGGCCCAGCAAUCAUGGCUAAAAAAGUUGUUGGCGUUGCUUUCCAAAAUCUCUCAGGUGCAGAGAAUAUUGGCUAUAUAAUUCCUGUUCCAGUAAUUAAGCAUUUUAUAGCUGGUGUUGAAGAAAGUGGAAAAUAUGUUGGAUUCUGCUCUCUCGGUUUGUCAUGCCAGCCUACUGAAAACAUUCAACUUAGAAACUAUUUUCAGAUGCGAAAAGAUAUGACUGGUGUAUUAGUGAGCAAAAUCAAUCCUCUUUCAGAUGCACAUAAUAUUUUGAAGAAAGAUGAUAUUAUUCUUGCAUUUGAUGGAGUGCCAAUAGCUAAUGACGGAACAGUGUCUUUCCGAAACAGAGAACGUAUCACAUUUGAUCAUUUAGUUUCUAUGAAGAAACCCAAUGAAACAGCUGUGAUUAGAGUUCUGAGAGGUGGUGAAGAACAAGAAUUUAGUAUCAUCCUUCGACCUUUGGAGCCACUAGUUCCAGUUCACCAGUUUGAUAAGCUUCCAAGUUAUUAUAUUUUUGCUGGAUUGGUUUUUAUUCCGCUCACCCAGCCAUAUCUUCACGAGUAUGGAGAAGACUGGUAUAAUACUUGCCCACGUCGCUUAUGCGAACGUGCACUUAGGGAAUUGCCUAAAAAGGCCGGGGAACAGCUUGUCAUCCUUUCUCAGGUACUGAUGGAUGAUGUCAAUGCUGGUUACGAGCGCCUUGCAGAAAUACAGGUCAAGAAGAUUAAUGGGGUAGAAAUAGAAAAUCUGAAACAUUUAUGCCAACUUGUGGAGAAGAACAAAGAAGAGAAUGUCCGUUUUGAUUUGGAUGAUGAAAGGGUUAUCGUAUUGAACUACGAGGUAGCAAAGAUCGCUACUUCAAAAAUUUUGAAGCGGCACCGGAUACCAUCUGCCAUUUCCAUUGAUCUGGUUGAUGAAAAUCAAAAUUCCUAAUUGGCCAACUAAUAUCUCAUAAUGAAAUGAACUUCUUCGAUGUACAUUCAUUCUUAACUUAAUUCUUCAUGGUUUAUUAUUAUAAGGUUGGGUUUUGCUUGGAUUUAUUCAUUGUAUUGUGCUCUACAGUUCACAGUCCAUAAGGAGGGGAAUCGUAGCAGAGAAUGAAUGAGCUUUAAGAAUACGAAAUGCAGUCAGCAGUGUCCUCUCCUUACAUACCAAGGAAUCGAUUAAAGAAAUGUAUGGCUUGACUUCAAAAUAUAAUGUUUCCCAAAUAUGACAAAAAAUUAAAUUAAAUUUUCUUUUUUCAUCCCUUUUA